UGUCCGUAUGCAUCUUCGCGAGUCCCCGCGUCCGUGUCCGUGCCGCGUCUCCGGGCCACGCAAGGAGCUGCGGUCCGCCUGCAGUCGUUCCUCCCCGCGCCUUCUGUGCACGGGCCGCACCAAUAUAGUUUCACCGUCCCGUCCUCUCCGUUGGGCGGGACGUGCCUUUCUGCAACUUCAGAGCGACUCUCCCGCAUCGCACCGCGUGGGGCUGCCACCUCACCGCCCUCGUAGACGCUCACGGAGCUCACGGAGCACACGGCCCUACCGCGCGCCCCUCGCGGCCCCACCGUGCCCCCGCAGAGCGACCGUGCGAGACCGGCGUUCUUUCUCCUUCCCGCGCUCUUCCCCGCAGGAAAGAGAGACACGCUGUAUCUGCAUGCUCCCAUCUGCUGGCAGGCAGUCCCCAUGGGACCCCAGCCUAGCAGAGGCCGAGCGCGGGGCCGGGACAGUGGCUGGCCGUAGCCAGAGCCCUCGGCUGGGCCGCGGGGCUGACGGGCUAUGCCGCGUAUCUUCCGCGGCCACAGUCGGGGGACUGUCUGCGAGAGGCCAGAGGGGGAUGCCGAGGGAGACACACGGCUCGCUGGGCGGUGCCGGGGCUGGUGCCGGGGCUGUUGCCGGGGGUGGCCCCGCCGCUGCCUCGCUGGCGGACAGGCGGCUCUGCUCGCGAGGAGGGCUCCGCGGAGCCCCUGUGCUGGCACCCGGAGCGAGCACCAGCAGCCCAAACCCGUCGGUGUCAGACGUAAAAGCAGCAGUUCCGCGAUCCUCUGAUGCAGCAGGACCAGCAGGUUGGGAUGUUGGUUUCUUAUCCUUUCCUGUCACAUGGCUGGUAAUAGGAUCCCUCAUCUGCCACUCGGCACCUCGCUGGGGCGCAGUUACAGGACACAUGCAGUAGGGCCUCCGCUUCCCGCACUUUGCGCUCUUCACGGCCGUCCGCAACCACCUCUGCCCCGGGAGCGCUGCGGCUGCCGCCUGCCAGCGCGGCGCGGCCCGGCGGCCCCUUGCCAUGGAGCCCCCCGCCCUCGCCGCCGUUCUGGCCUUCUCAGGGCUGGCGCUGAGCUGCUGCCGCGAGCCCGUUCUCUCCGAAUGUUAUACAGCAAAUGGGGCUGACUAUCGUGGCACUCAGAACCAGACCUCCCAAUACGCAGGGAAACCUUGUCUUUUUUGGAAUGAGACCUUUGAGCAUCCAUAUAAUACUUUGAAAUAUCCCAAUGGGGAGGGAGGGCUUGGAGAGCAUAACUACUGCAGGAACCCUGAUGGAGAUGUCAGCCCAUGGUGCUACAUUGCGGAGCAUGAAGAUGGAAUAUAUUGGAAAUACUGUGAGAUUCCAUCCUGCCGAAUGCCAGGGAAUCUAGGGUGUUACAAAGACCAUGGAGAGCCACCACCUUUGACUGGCACCAGCGAGACCUCCAAUAAACUUACUAUCCAAACAUGCAUUAGUUCCUGCCGAAGUCAACAAUUUAAGUUUGCAGGCAUGGAAUCAGGUUAUGCCUGUUUCUGUGGAAAUAAUCCUGACUACUGGAGAUACGGGGAGGCAGCCAGUACGGAAUGCAACAGUGUUUGCUUUGGAGACCAUACUCAGCCUUGUGGUGGGGAUGGCAGAGUCAUUCUUUUUGACACCCUUAUUGGUGCCUGUGGAGGGAAUUACACUUCUGCUACAGCUGUGAUCUAUUCCCCAGAUUUUCCCGACACAUAUGGCACAGGCAGAGGAUGUUACUGGACCAUACAAGUCCCAGGAGCAUCUCAAAUCCACUUCAGCUUUGUCCUUUUUGAAAUCAAAGAUGCUACAGAUAUGGUGGAAUUACUGGACGGCUAUACCUAUCAUGUUCUAGCUCGUUUUAACGGCAAGAACCGUCCUCCCCACACCUUCAACAUCUCUUUGGAUUUUGUUAUUUUGUAUUUUUUCUCGGAUGAAAUCAAUCAAGCACAAGGAUUUGCUAUCAGGUAUAGAGCUGUGAAGGACAGUGUGCAUCAAAACAAGAUUACAAUGAAUCAGACCCUUUCAGAGAAGAUACAUGAACAUGCAAAUCUCAGUAUCAAUGCAGCUCGGUCAUCAAAGAUACUUUAUGUCAUCACAACCAGCCCAAGUCAUCCUAGUAGCUCCAUGCCUGAGUGGACAAUAUAUAGUCUCACGGCGCUGCUCAUCCUAAGUGUUACAGCCAUAUUGGCAAAGAUAUUUCUCCACAUUAGCAUGAAAUCCCAUCAAACACCAUCUGCAAAUGAAAUGGAAGAUUCCAAUGAGGUUACUGCUGCUGGUGAGAUCUGGAGUAUAUUUUACCAGCCAUCCACAUCAAUAUCCAUCUUCAAGAAGAAGCUUCGAAGUCAACAAGAUGAUUGCAGUCCAUUAGUGGGAAACUGAAGUGUCUUUUAUUUUACAGGAACCAAUCUUCGUAAAAUCCAGCACUUACUUCAACAAAUUGAAAAUAGCUGCAGAAUGGGAAUUUCUCUGGAAUUUUAUCUGAAUGGCCUUCCAAACUCCUACCUAGUAGUUCUCUCAACAGGAUGGACAGGCUGCAAAUGUAUUAUUGGCAGCAUAAUGUAUUAUUGGCCACAACUUCAAAGGCAACUGUUUUGACAAUACCAUCAUGAGGAGUUGCUUCUCACAUACACACAUUCCAGCCCCUGCCCCCUUCCACACUUUGUUGUGCUGGUAUGCCUGGCUAUGUGGUAGUGCAAUAAACUGAUCAGGUUAAAAAUUACCAUCAUUGUUUCUUCACUCAGUUAGACUAGAGUAGUUCAUUUGGAAGGGACCUUCAGAGAUCAUCUAGUCCAACUUCCUGACCACUUCAAGACUAACCAACAAUGAAAACAUAUUAUUGAGGGCAUUGUCCAAAUGCUUCUUGAACACUGACAGGCAUGGGGCAUCAACCACCUCACCAGGAAGCCUGUUCCAGUGUUGGACCACCCUCGCGGUAAAUAAAUUUUUCCUAAUGUCCAGUCUGAGCCUCCUCUGGCACAGCUUUGUGCUAUUCCCUCAUGUCCUGUCAUCGGUCACCAGGAAGCAAAGACCGACACGUCCCUCUCCAUUCCCCUGCUCAGGAAUUUGUAGCACAACGAGGUGAUCUCUCAGCCUUCUUUUCUCCAGAUUAGACAACCAGGCAUCUUCGGCCUCUCCUCAUAGGGCAUGCCCUCCAGCCCUUUUAUCAGCUUUGUUGCCCUCCUCUGGAUACUUUUAAGGACCUUAACAUCCUGUUUCUACUGUGGAGACCUGAACUGUACACUAUAUUCAAGCUGAGGCUGCACCAAGACCAAACAUAGUGGGAGAAUCACCAGAAGUGACUGGCUAUGCUGUGUUUAAUGCACCCCAAAGUGCGAUUUGCCCUCUUGGCUGCCAGGGCACACUGAUGAUUCAUGUCGAGCCUGUUGUUGACCGGCACCCCAGAUCCUUUCCUGCAGAGCUGCUCUCCAGCCACUUGUCUCCCAGCUGUUACUUUUAGCAAUGAGAAAUUCUCUUAUCUUGCUUAUUGGGUGGUUUCACAGAAAUGUGAGCUAUCUUAGCUAUGGGGAGAAUAAGCCAUAGGAAAAAGAUAGGAGUGCACCAAAAGCAGGGGCAGUGAGUACUUAUGGAUGGCACUGCCACUGUAGCAUUUUGUGAAACUGCCUCUUAACUUUAUGCAGCAUGUCAGUUACAGUAGCCUACAGAAUACCUGGACUUUGGAUGGUAACCAGCUGGAAAGGUGGCCUUCCUAAUUCAAAAUCUACUUUAAAAAAAAUAGGUUUGUUUGUUGACUAAAUGAUUUUAUAUGUACUUUUGUCUUAAUAUUGUUAUGUUGGAGGGAAAAUAGAGACUGUAAUUUAAAAAUGUGUUAUCUGUUAUCAUAGUAAUAUAUAUAUUUAUAUAUGUAUAGGAAAUGCAUUAUUUAAUACAGCAUAUUAUGCUUGUAUCUUGCUAACAUUUCAUAGGAAGAAAAGAUGUUAGUUUACAUUCUGAGAAAAAAUAAAUAUUUUAUACAUUG